AUCAGUUAUUAUUCAGUUAUUAUGCAGUUAUUAUUCAGUUAUUAUUCAGGUAUUAUCCAGUUGUUAUCAGUGAUGAGUGACUAGUGAUUUGGAACCAAUAAUUAGUGCAUUGUCUUGUGGAUAUUAAAAUUUCAAUGGAUUUAUGGGUGCGCAGAGAUUACGAAAAGGGAGGAAAAUAGCUGGUGGUUAUUUACAGAAUUUCGAUAACCAGAGCACUCUCGUUAUCACACCAAUUAGUACCAUCUAUCCCCUAAUUACUGGCUCCUGAUGACUCGCAUUCGACGCAUCGAAGGAUUUUUUUAAUCGUUUGGAUAAUCGGUUUCAACUUUCCACACUGUGAUUUCACUUUUCUUCGGUGAUUAUUCUCCAUAUUUUGCUUUUCGAGUGGUACAUGUGCUUUGAGGAUUUUUUCUUGGUUGGAGUUUAGUGGGGUGUAUUGCACUUAGUGGAUCAGUGUCUUUUGGAGUGUUGAGGAAUGUUGAUGAAAUAGUUUGAUGAAAUAAGGUGAUUGUGAUGUAAGAGAUGCGUCGUGGUGAUAUCGCGGUGGUCGCGAUAGCCCUUACGAUUCUUGGGCUAAUCCAGAGCCCUUAUCAGUCGAGGGUAGUGGGAGCGGUUGUUGUUGGGGCUGCGGUGUGCGGUCGGAUACCGGGAUUGGGGAAGAGUCAGCGUGAACAGUGCAGAAAGGCGCCUCACGCGAUGCCAGCAGUUGGAGAAGGUGCUGAACUAGGUCUUCGUGAGUGCCGACACCAAUUCAGGCAUCACCGAUGGAACUGUUCGCACGUUGCCAAUGACCGGGUUUUUGGGCACGUUGUUGUUGUAGGUAGCAGGGAAGCAGCUUUUACAUACGCGAUAAGCUCUGCGGGGGUAACAUACGCAAUAACCGCAGCUUGUAGCCGAGGGAAUAUCACAGCAUGCGGUUGCGAACCUGCCGUAAGAACGAGAAAAUCAUUACCACCGAAUGGAUGGGAAUGGGGUGGAUGCAGCGCCGAUGUAACAUAUGGAAUGAAGUUCGCGCGUAGGUUUCUGGAUGCCCGGGAAGUGGAAGGCGAUGCCCGAAGUCUCAUGAAUCUCCACAACAACAAAGCCGGAAGAAAGAUUGUGAAAUCAUUACUUCAGACAGAAUGCAAGUGCCAUGGUGUAUCUGGUUCGUGUACUGUGAGGACAUGUUGGAGAACAUUACCUAGCUUUCGACAGAUUGGUGAUGCCCUGAUGAAAAAGUAUUAUCGUGCGAGGCCAGUGAUUGCCGUAACACCUCCAGCUGCUCCAACGCUACAGGAAUCGGAUUAUACGGACCAAUCGGCGAUCAGGGUAGUGCCGAUUCUGGGCAAUGAUGCCAAGACUCAGGGAAAUUCUGAUGACACGUCAAAUAGUCAGACUCAGAGAGGCGCACCGAAGAAAUCGGGGAAACCCAGAAGGCCGCACCUAAUCCUCAAACGAUCAAAAGUCAAUGGGGGUAUGGGUCAAAAAAGGAUACCCAAACGAAGUGAACUCGUGUUUCUUCAGCAAUCACCCAAUUAUUGCGAGGCUGAUCUGACACAGGGGAGUCUUGGGACCGUGGGGAGGGGAUGCAAUCGCACAAGUAAAGGAACGGAUGGAUGUGACCUGAUGUGCUGCGGUCGCGGUUACAAUACUCACCAAUACACCCGGAAUUGGCAGUGCAGAUGUAAAUUUCACUGGUGUUGUCGUGUCCACUGUGACACGUGUACAGAGCGUACGGAAGAGUAUACGUGCAAAUAGACGGGAUGGAGAAGUAAACAAUGGACAAGAAAUGACUGUUUGAAAACAAACGAAACGAAAGACUCAAAUUCAGUUAUCUAUAUAUAUUUUCACGAUCCCCGGUGAGUCACGUCUCUUCAUCACUUAUGAUUAAUCCGAACAUGUACUUAAAAAAUGUUAAUUGAAAGAAGACUUGAUGAUGUUUUCCAUUCAGCGUUAGAGUGGGCUUGUGAUUUCGUAAUAAAAAUGAAAAAAUUCCACUCUAUGAAAGAACGAUGGAUAGAAGGCACUGAAACAUGACAUUGUGGGCUGUACAUUCGUAGUGAUGAUUUUCAUUGAAA